ACUUUGUUAUAAACAUUGAAAUUAUUAUUAUGUAGCCAUGUCUAUUCAGGAAGGCUUCCUCUCUGCAGCUCAUAACUCUCUGCGUUCUGGUAGAAAGCGUCUCUCUGUUGCUCAGAGUUUGGAGCUCGCUGCUCAGGUCUCUGCUGUGGAUAUGGGGCUGAAGCCUGCCCUCCUGUACGACAGUAACGCCGCCUGUGCUGAGCAGCUCCAGCGGUAUCUUAGCUGCCUUCAGUCUCUCCAGCUCGUAUCUGAAUCCCUCCUCACGCUGGAUGUAAACGGAAAUGGCCUCAUUGUCAAUGCCGGCGCUCUGAGGUUGAAUUUAGAGCAGAUGAUCCGCGAUGGCGGCCCGCCUGUCGUAGAUGUCUCCACCACCUUGGAGAAGCCUGCUAUCUCUGAUAAACAGAGGAGGCAGCUGAACGGCAUGAUGGAAGAUGUUUUGCUACUUUUGGAGAAGUUUCAGCUAUCUGAGGCCAAUAAACCAUUUUAUGUCGGGGAGAAAUUUGAGGACUGGAACCUGUGCUCCUUGUUUGGUAUUUUACUGGGUUACCCAGUCACUUACUGGUUUGACCAGAACAAGAGCUUCGAGAACUGUCUGUCUAUGACGCCCCUGUUGGUGAUCAAAGCAUCGGCAUCAUGGCAGAUGGACGGGGUGGCUCACAGAUUCUGUCUGUAUUCGUUCAGCGUUCCUGCUGCUCUGCAGGGGGAGGCUCAGUCUGAGCUGGAGAACUGGAGGUUGAGUCUGCAGAGGAGAUUUGAGCAGCAGCACAUCAUGAAAGAUCUCAGUAUCAAUCAGUCCACACUCACUCUUCCCUCCAUCUGUUUGUAAUUCAACAAAAAGCUUCUGUUUAAAAUAAAAUGCUCUGGAAUAUGA